AAACCAAACUACAAUCCCCAAACCUUUUUGGAUUGUUCCUGCAGCCUCUAGAACCCGCCAAUGUCAACCAAAGUCGUGGCGGAGUACGCGAAAUCAGGCCGGUCAUCGAGCAAAAAGUGCGGCAGGGCUAUCACCGCCAUGUGGACUGCUUUUCUGACAGAAUUGAGUCCCUGGAGACAAUCAAGGGCUUUGCCUAUCUCGAGGUUGAAUGCUGAACCGGAAUAUUUGAAGAAGUUGUUAGACGUGCCUAAUACACCUCCGGGCAGUGUCAGCUCAGUGGUUGGAAUGGGAGGCGAUCAGCUUGUUGGGAAUUUACCUUGAAUUUAUCAAAGAAAGAAAUUGAGAAGGGGAUUCAAUUCCAACACAGUCACCUGAAUUCGAACAUAGAAAUGCUCACUAAAGAGCUCAAUUAUAGAAGCCUUGAUUCUUAUACUGGCUAGGAUCUGUAAUAACAAUUUUUUUUUUUUUGUUUGUAAUAUAGUUAAGUGGUUGCU